AGAAAGAAAAAAUAAGUCUAGUCUACCGCCCACCGUAGCAGACUGGGGGAUGUUCCACCAUCCUGGAUUUACAAUCAUUUCAAGGAUAUUUGAGCACAAAGAAGACUUUUUUUUUAGGGGGGGAUUUCUAAAACACUGAUAUUGGAUUAUAUAAACCAUCAUCCGGAAAUCUUUGACGGCCAACUGACUGUGUGAGCCCACAUGAUUCAGCGUUCACCGUUUUACCUGUGAGGUUGAAGACUCAAGGUGAAAAAGAACAAACCAUGGAUCCAAACUUGUUUGGAGGAGUGCCCAGGUUUCUCACUCGCCCAAAGGCGUUCUCGAUGUGCGUAGGGAAGGAUGCCACACUGAGCUGCACUAUCAUGGGCAGCCCCACCCCGCUGAUCACCUGGGAAAAGGAUAAACUGAGGCUGACAUCAGGAGGACGCUUCAAGGCCGUGGAGGAUGGAAAUGUGUACCGCCUGACCAUCUAUGAUUUAACACUGGAGGACAGUGGCCAGUACAUGUGCCGGGCCAAAAACAGUGUUGGGGAAGCUUAUGCUGCUGUAACCCUGAAUGUGGCCCUGCCAACAGAGAUGGCUCAGAGGGCCCCUGUUUUCCUGGUUAAGCCUACCUCUACACGUGUAGUUUUGGGAGGUGAUGUUGUUUUUCUCUGCCAGGUUGCAGCUUUUCCUCAAGCCAACUUUGAUUGGGAGAAAGAUGGGCGCUACUUGGGGGAGUCUAACCGCGUCAAGAUUGUUUCCAACACUGACAGCAGCACCUUAAAGAUCCAAAGUGUACGUAACCUGGACAGCGGCACCUACACCUGCAGGGCCAAAAACACUGUCGGCCGCGCACACGCUGCAGCAGCUCUUGUUGUAGAAGCCCAGGAUUCCCGUCACCUUACUGUAGACAAGAACACCUCCCUCCUUUCUCACCUGCAAAAGCGCAAAGAGGAAAUGAAGAAAGACAUCUCUAUCUAUCGCGCAGAAGAAAGCAGCUCCUCUGUUUCUUCUUCCUCCACAGCCAACAUAAGAGAUGGUCUGAGUCUGGAACAUGAGCUGAGGGCAUCAGUGCUGGCAAGGCUGCCCAAAGGUGUGUUCACCCGUACCUGCACGGUGACUGAAGGCAAGCAUGCUAAGCUCAGUUGCUUUGUGACGGGUCACCCUAAGCCCCACAUCAUCUGGAGGAAGGAUGGAAUAAACAUCAGCGAGGGCCGCAGGCAUGUCAUUUAUGAGGACCAAGCUGAGAACUUCAUCCUCAAGAUCCUGUACUGCAGGCAGAGCGAUAAUGGUCUCUACACCUGCAAUGCAACCAAUAUGGCUGGGCAGACCUACAGUGCUGUGUUGGUAACAGUGAAAGAGCCUAAGGUGCCAUUCAAGAAGAAGCUGCAGGAUGUGGAGGUACAGGAGAAAGCAUCAGCCACAAUGAUGUGUGAGGUGCCACUUAGUGCCACUCAGGCAAGCUGGUUCAUGGAGGAGACGAGGCUGGAGCAAAAUGUGAAAUAUCGCAUGGAGGAGGACGGCACCCUACGUCGUCUCACCAUACACAAUGUCACCACCAACGACGACGGUGUUUAUAUCUGCGAGAUGCAAGAAGGCAGUCGAACUGUGGCUGAGCUCACAGUCCUGGGCAACAUUACUAAGAAACUGCCCCGGAGGACAGUAGUUCCUGUCAGCGACACUGUCAUCUUCUGUGUGGAGCUGGAGCAUCCCUGCUCAGAUGCCUACUGGACCCGAAAUGGCGAGAAGCUGAAGGAAGAUAAACGUAUUUCCAUUGCCUGUGUGCUCAGACAGUACACACUCACAAUAAGAGGUUGUCAGGCAGAUGACUCAGGAGAAGUGGCCUUUGUGGCUGGAGACUGCAAGACCUCCACUCGAUUCUCUGUCACUGCCGCAAGGAAGCAUCCCCCCGAUCCCCCAGUCGAUGCUGUGGUGCAGAACAAGACUGAAUCAACCAUUACCAUUCAGUGGUCCCCUCCUGACAGCGACCGCCCUGUGCCCAUCAAGGGCUACAGUGUAGAGAGGAGGAAGAUUGGUGCUCAAGCAUGGCAGAGGUGCAAUGCUGGAGAAACCAUUGUGUCAACAGAGAUCACCAUCUCCAACUUCAUAGAAGAAGCCAGCUACCAAUUCCGUAUCUGUGCUAUGAACGACUUUGGCCAGAGUCCCUACCUGGAAGUGCCUGGAAGCUUCUACCUGGAACCUUCUGCUGAAAUCAGGAAAGGUCUGACGAACAGCACUGCAAUCAUUGGAGAAGAGUUCUCUAUCUCCGUGGAGCUGUCUGCUGUUUGUUCUGGCUUCUGGUCUCUAAAAGGCCGCCUCCUGCGCAGUGGAUCUGACUUCCUCAUCACCAGGUCCAAGAACAUACACACUCUGCUCAUCCGUUUUGUGACCAUAGAAAUGAAUGGAGCUGAGGUCAAGUUUGUGGGUGGAGGCUCACAAAGCAGUUGCAUCCUGUCAGUGAAAGCUGCCUCUGUUAGGUUCACCAACAAGUCAGAUCAGCUGGAGGUGGUGACCUGCAGCGCCCAAGACACUGCUCAGCUGACUGCUGAGGUGUCGGAUUACGAUGCGCAGGUGGUUUGGAUGAGGAACGGGCGGGAGGUGAAGAUAGGAAAGAAGUAUGAAUAUGUGAUCACUGACCGCAAGAGGAUCCUGAUGAUACACAAUGUAACAGAGGAAGAUGUUGGCAUCUACGAGUGUGUUUUAGCUGAUGACAAAAUGCCCCUGAAACUCGCUCUUAAAGAUGAACCUGCCAAGUUUCUGAACAAAGCCAGAGGUACCGUGGGAAUGUCAUCGAGCCUUAAAGGAGAUCUUGAGCUGACCUGUGAGGUAUCUCCUGCCAGCGCGCCCGUUGUGUGGAGAAAAGAUCAAGUGGAGAUCACUGAGGACCAAAGAUGUACCAUCAUCUCCAAAGGGACUCAAAGAAAGCUCAUCAUCAAGGGUGCCAAGAAAAGUGACGAAGGGCAUUAUUCCUGUGAGACAGCAGCAGACAAAGCCACAUUCCAGGUCAAGAUAAAAGAAUCUCAAGCCCUAGCUGCCUUCUCCAACAAGGAGUCAGUCCAGAAGCAGGUGAAAGCUAUUCUCUCCCAGAAAGCCACUCUUAGUUGCACUGUUUUGGAUAGCAAGACAGAAGUGAAAUGGUAUAAAGAUGGCAAGUUGUUGGUAUCCAGUCGGACUAUAUACUCAGAAGCAAAAGACUGUACCCGUCAGCUGGUGUUUGAAAAGGUGGAGAAGAGCGAUGCUGGAGAGUAUACAUGCGAAGCUGGAGUGGAUAGGCUGGUCUACAAUAUAUCUGUGACAGAGGCCCAGGCAGCAUUCUUCAACAAGGAGUCAGUCCAGAGAGAAGUGAAAGCUAUUCUCUCCCAGAAAGCCACUCUGAGCUGUGAGGUUUCUGAUACCAAGACAGAAGUGAAAUGGAUCAAGGAUGGCAAGCUGCUGACUUCCAGCAGGACAAUCCAUACUGAGUCAAAGGGCAAGAGUCGCCAGCUGGUUAUAGACAGUGUGGAGAAGAAAGAUGCUGGAGAGUACAUCUGUGAGGUUGGGACUGAGAAGCUGGUCUUCAAACUACAGGUGGCAGACGCACAGGUCCAGUCUGGAUUCUCUAACAAAGAGUCUGUCCAGAGGGAAGUUAAAGCCACUCUCUCCCAGAAAGCCUCGCUGAGCUGUGAGGUAGCCGAUACCAAGACAGAGGUGAAAUGGUACAAGGAAGGCAAACUGCUGACCACCAGCAAGACAAUACAUAUGGAGUCAAAGGGCAAGAGUCGGCAGCUGGUGAUCGACAGUGUGGAAAAGAAGGAUGCUGGAGAGUACAUCUGUGAGGCUGGGGCUGAGAAGCUGGUCUUUAAAAUAUAUGUGGAAGUUACUUCUACAGAAGUCUGGGCUAAAUCCGCUUUCCUCAACAAAGAGUCUGUCCAGAGGGAAGUUAAAGCUACUCUCUCCCAGAAAGCCAUCCUGAGCUGUGAGGUAGUUGAUAACAAGACAGAGGUAAAAUGGUACAAGGAUGGCAAACUGCUGAGUUUCAGCAGAGCAGUCCGCAUGGAGUCAAAGGGCAAGAUCCGUCAACUGGUGAUUGACAGCAUAGAGAAGAAAGAUGCUGGAGAAUAUGCCUGUGAAGUCGGAACUGAAAGAUUGGCAUUUCAAGUGCAGGUGACAGAGACUCAACUCAAGUCAGCCUUCUCGAACAAGGAGUCCGUCCAGAAGGAGGUGAAAGCCACUCUUUUACAGAAAGCCACCAUAAGCUGUGAGGUAACUGAUAUCAAGACAGAGGUGAAAUGGUACAAAGAUGGCAAGCUGAUCACUUCCAGCAAGACAAUCCGUACUGAGUCAAAGGGCAAGAGUCGCCAACUGGUGAUCGACAGUGUGGAGAAGAAGGAUGCUGGACAGUACACCUGUGAGGUUGGAACUGAGAAGCUGGCUUUUAAGAUGCACGUGGCAGAAGCUCCAGCUGCCUUCUUCAACAAGGAGUCUGUCCAGAAGGAGGUGAAAGCCACUCUCUCCCAGAAAGCCACCCUGAGCUGUGAGGUUUCGGAUUCUAAGACAGAAGUGAAAUGGUACAAAGACGGCAAGCUGUUGACUUCCAGCAAAGCAGUCCACAUGGAGUCAAAGGGCAAGAGUCGUGAGCUGGUGAUCGAAAAAAUGGAGAAAAAAGAUGCUGGAGAAUACACAUGUGAGGUUGGGACGGAGAAGCUGGUAUUUAAGCUGCAGGUGACAGAUGUAGCUGUGAAGUUCCAGAAGAAAACUGUCAAGGAAACAUGUGUUGUUCAAGCAGGUGAAAACAUUGUUUUGACCACUGAACUGACUGCAGAAAGUGGUAGUGUGAAAUGGUUCAGAGAUGGUGUAGAGGUCAAGGAGAGCAGCAAGUAUGAAAUGAAAAAAGAUGGCCUUUCUCGGACCCUGAUAGUAAAAUCCACUGGAUCCAAAGACAGUGGAACAUACUCCUGUCAAACUGCUGAUGACAAACUGGAGUUUAAAGUUCAAGUCAAAGAUUCAGCUUUGAAGUUUGUCGUACCUUUGAAACCUGCUUCAGUGGAGUUGGGAGGUACACUGAGUCUGGUGUGUGAACUGAAUCAAGCCUCAGGGGAUGUUGUCUGGCAGCGUGAUGGUCGCGAGAUUAAACCUGGAGGCAGGAACUGUGUGAAGACAGAUGGUGCUAAGCGGGUUCUCACUGUGACUGGUGUGACUAAAGAAGAUGAAGGAGAAUACAGCUGUGAAUGUAGAAAUGACAAGACCUCUGCUAAAGUCACCUCAAAGGCACCCAGACUAGUGCGACUGACCACCAAACUGAACAAUGUGGCUGCAAUGGAGGGAAAAGACGCUAUUUUCAAGUGUGCUGUCACCCCAGCGGACGCCAUCGUGAGAUGGUUCCACAACAGUAUACCUAUCACUGCUGGCCCUAAGUAUAAGAUUGAGCAUGGUGGCCAGAGUCACGCACUCACCAUCACCUCUGUCACCCAGAAAGAUGCUGGAGAGAUCAGUGUUGAUGCAGAAGGCAAAAUCUGUAAAGCCACCCUUCAAGUGCAACAUGAGCCUGUGACAUUUAAGACAAAGUUAGAAAAUCUGACAGUGGAGGAGCAGAGUGAAGUGAAGCUGGAAGUGGAGCUCAGUAAGCCGUCAGAUGAAGUGAGGUGGAUGAAGAACAGCGUAGUCUUGCAGCCUGCAGGAAACAUGGAAAUUCGGGUAAAUGGAGCUAAGCAGGCUCUGGUCUUCAAGAGUGUGACACAAGCUGACCGGGGCGUCUACUCCUGUGAAACUCUGGAUGACAAAACCCAGGCCAAACUCAACGUGGAGAUGAAGAAGAUCCAGGUAAUAAAAGGCCUAACAGAAACCAAGGCACAUGAGACAGAGACAGUAACUCUUGAGGUAGAACUCAGCCAGGCUGAUGUUGAAGGCUCCUGGACCAGAGAUGGGACCAAGUUAAAGCCAGGGGCAAACUGCCGUAUCACAGUUCUGGGAAAGAAGCAUGCCUUAACGUUGUCCAAUCUCAAGAGGGAGGAUGCAGGAACUAUUGCCUUCCAAGCAGAAGCGGUACAUGUUUCUGGCAAACUGAUUGUCACAGAACCUCCUGCUAUGAUAUCCACGCCCAUUUUGGAUAUCAGUGUUCCUGACAAGGAGAAGGUUACUUUUGAAUGUGAAGUGUCCAGAACAAAUGCAGAUGUUAAAUGGUUCAAGGACGAUGUGGAACUUAAACCAGGGAAGAUCUUUGGUAUCCAUUCCUUGGGCCGAAAGCGCUCUUUGGUCAUCAACAAAUGCACACCUGAAGAUGCAGGCACUUACAUUUGUCGCACUACUGAUGAUAACACCUCUGCCAAGCUCACAGUUCAUGCCAGAGAAAUUAAGAUUGUUAAGAAGCUGGAGGAUGUGGAGGUGAUGGAGAAGGAGAGUGCUGCAUUUGUCUGUGAAAUCUCCCAUGAUGAAGUGGACUGCCAGUGGUACAAAGGAAGUACCAAACUCAAAGUCAGUGACAACAUCAAGAUGAGACAAGAGGGCAGAACUUAUGUACUGCUGUUUAGGUCUGUCACCCCAGAAGAUAUGGGUGAGAUUAAAUUCACAGCUGACAAGGCCUCUUCAACUGCAAAACUUAAAGUGAAAGAGCUGCCUGUCAAGUUUGUGAAGAGACUCAGGGAUAAGAUAGCGAUGUAUAAGCAUCGUGGUCAUCUUGAAUGCCAAGUGUCACGCGCCAGCGCAAAGGUGAAGUGGUACAAGAACAAGAUGGAGAUCAAACCCAGCAAGAAGUACGAGAUCAAAAGUGAAGAUGUGUACCGAAAACUUACAAUCAACGACGUGGACGAGCAUGACGAAGACACGUAUACCUGUGACGCCAUUGAUGAGAAGACAUCUUGUAAACUACUUGUGGAAGAGCAGUCCAUCAGCAUUGUGCGGGAGCUUAGUUCAGUUGAAGUGACAGAACCUUUUGCAGCUGUUUUUGAAGUUGAAAUCAGUAUGGAACUGGUAAAACCUCCUGCAUGGACUCUGAAUGGAGUUGCUGUGAAGGAGAGUGCAGAUGUUGAAAUGGAGAAGGAGGGCACUAUGCACCGUCUCACAUUCAAAAAGACCAAAGCAUCAAUGACAGGACCUGUGCAGUUCACAGCUGGAAAGAGCAAAUCUUUAGCCCAGCUCACAGUCAAAGAGCGUCCGCUUGAGAUUGCAGAGCCCAUCAAAGAUGUGAAGGCGAAGGAGAAAAGCUCAGCCAUACUCAGCUGCAAAUUCUCUGCCCCACCCAAAGAGCCGGUGAAGUGGUUCAAAGGUCAGGUACCCCUGACUGCAUCGGACAAGUAUAACAUUAAACAAGAUGCAACAAGGGCUCAACUUACCCUUCAAGGGUUGACUGAGGAAGACAGUGGAGAAUACACCUGUCAGUCCGGACCUGCUAAGACCAAAGGCGUACUUACAGUUGAAGUACGUGAAAUUAAGAUCACCAAGCACUUGACUGACACAGUGGUUGAUGAAGACUGCGAUGCAGUCUUCACAAGUGAGAUUAACUAUGCUGAUGAAGAGGUACAGUGGCUUCUGAAUGACAAGGUGCUCUUCACCAAUGAAGUCAACACCAUCACUCAUGAAGGGAAGGUUCACAAGCUCACACUGAAGAACUUGGCACCGCAGGAUGGGGGGGUUAUCACCUUUCAAGUCCGCAAGGUGAAAGAGUCUGUGACACUAGAGGUUAAAGAGAAGCGUGCUGUGUUCCUCAAGUCUCUAGAUGAUGUCAUUGGAGAGGAGAAAGGCAUGAUAACUCUAGCCUGUGAGGCGUCAAAGCCCAGGGUUUCUCCCACAUGGAGAAAAGAAGGCAAAGUGUUGAAGGCUGGACCAAAGUAUGAGCUCCUUCACACAGGCAAGUCUUUGGGUCUGAUCAUCAAGGACGUCACAAAAGAAGAUGCUGGAGACUAUAGUUGUGAUCUUGGAACUGAGGUUUCUAAAGCAAAGGUCACCGUAAGAGAGAUUGGCAUUGGAAUUACCAAAUGGCUGAAGUCAGCUGAAGUGAAUGAGGGAGAGACAUGUAGCUUUGAAUGCAUCUUAUCUCGUGAGAGCACAGAUGAGUGUUCCUGGACUCUCAAUGGCCAAACUAUUAAAAAUGGAGGCCGCUUCAAAGUCACCAGUAAAGGACGCAAGUACAUGCUGUCCAUUCAGGAUGUCACUCCUGCUGAUGCUGGAGAGGUGGUCUUCAACAUUAAAGACCUGAGCUCCAAAACAACAUUAACAGUCGAAGGCAAAGCUUCGUCUGUGUCCAAAGGACUGCAGAAUGUUAGUGUUGUUCAAGGGGAGGAUGCUUUAUUUACUUGUGAGGUUACACAGGCUAGUUACACUGUAAAAUGGGCGAAGGAAAGCAAAGCCAUCAAAAAGAGCCUGAAGUAUGACAUUAGUCAAGAGGGCAAGAUCAUGAAGUUGACCAUCCAUAAUGUCACUGCUGAAGACUCUGGAGAAUACAGCUGUGAAGUUGUUGGAGGUGCAACCACCAGAGCCAAGCUGGAGAUCAAGGAGCCAAUCCAUAAAUUCACAAAAGUACUGAAGGACAGCGAAGCGAAGGAGAAGAGCUCCGUAACCUUGCAGUGUGAAACCGCACAAACUCCGUCCAAUGUAAUAUGGCUUAAAGGUCACACAGAGCUCAAGGCUGGAGGCCUAUAUGAGAUGUCCCAGAAGGGGAGGGUCUUAACUCUCACCAUCAAACACCUGGAGGAGGAAGACACCGAUAUCUACACUUGUGACGUCGGCACUGCCAAGUGCAUGGCAAAGGUGACAGUCCAUGCUUUGCCUGCCAGUUUUAAAGAGGACCUCAAGAAUCAAGAGAAAAACACAGGGGAGACUGUGACGCUUUGCUGCAAGCUAUCAAAACCCGCGGCUGACGUUCAGUGGAAGAAAGGCUCAGAAAUUCUAAAAGCUGGAGAGAAGUACGAGAUGAAGCAAAAGGAGACGUCUUGUGAGCUCCAGAUUAAGAACUUGAAGAUUGAAGAUAGUGGAGAGUACUCUUGCGUGUGUGGGGACAACAAGACAUCUGCAACUGUAAAAGUCAAUGCAUUGCCGCCAACCUUCGUACAAAAGCUGGAGAGCCAGCAGGCUGAAGAGGGAGCUGACAUUACUCUGCGCUGUGAGAUCUCCGAACCUGGAGUCCCAGUGGAGUGGAAGAAGGGAACACAGGUCCUGAAGUCUGGAGAAAAGUAUCAGAUGAAGCAGAAGGCCUCUGUGAAUGAACUCCUGAUCAACAAAGUCGUGCCUGAAGACAGUGGAGACUACAGCUGUGUGUGUGGAGACCAGAAGACCACAGCCAGCCUCAACAUUAAGGCCCAACCAGUGACCUUCAAACAAAAGCUAGAGAGCCAGCAGGCUGAAGAGGGAGCUGACAUUACUCUGCGCUGUGAGAUCUCCAAACCUGGAGUCCCAGUGGAGUGGAAGAAGGGAACACAGGUCCUGAAGUCUGGAGAAAAGUAUCAGAUGAAGCAGAAGGCCUCUGUGAAUGAACUCCUGAUCAACAAGGUGGUGCCUGAAGACAGUGGAGACUACAGCUGUGUGUGUGGAGACCAGAAGACCACAGCCAGCCUCAACAUUAAGGCCCAACCAGUGACCUUCAAACUAAAGUUAGAGAGCCAGGAGGCUGAAGAGGGAGCUGACAUUACUCUGCGCUGUGAGAUCUCCAAACCUGGAGUCCCAGUGGAGUGGAAGAAAGGAACACAGGUCCUGAAGUCUGGAGAAAAGUAUCAGAUGAAGCAGAAGGCCUCUGUGAAUGAACUCUUAAUCAACAAGGUGGUGCCUGAAGACAGUGGAGACUACAGCUGUGUGUGUGGAGACCAGAAGACCACAGCCAGCCUCAACAUUAAGGCCCAACCAGUGACCUUCAAACAAAAGCUGGAGAGCCAGGAGGCUGAAGAGGGAGCUGACAUUACUCUGCGCUGUGAGAUCUCCAAACCUGGAGUCCCAGUGGAGUGGAAGAAAGGAACACAGGUCCUGAAGUCUGGAGAAAAGUAUCAGAUGAAGCAGAAGGCCUCUGUGAAUGAACUCCUGAUCAACAAGGUGGUGCCUGAAGACAGUGGAGACUACAGCUGUGUGUGUGGAGACCAGAAGACCACAGCCAGCCUCAACAUUAAGGCCCAACCAGUGACCUUCAAACAGAAGCUAGAGAGCCAGGAGGCUGAAGAGGGAGCUGACAUUACUCUGCGCUGUGAGAUCUCCAAACCUGGAGUCCCAGUGGAGUGGAAGAAGGGAACACAGGUCCUGAAGUCUGGAGAAAAGUAUCAGAUGAAGCAGAAGGCCUCUGUGAAUGAACUCCUGAUCAACAAAGUGGUGCCUGGAGACAGUGGAGACUACAGCUGUGUGUAUGGAGACCAGAAGACCACAGCCAGCCUCAACAUUAAGGCUUCCCCUUCAGCUACUAAAGUGGAAUCUAAGAGGCAGGAGACCAAAGAAACAAUGGAAGCCAAGACACCUGAAGCUCUGUCUGCUAAAGACAAGCACAAGAAGCAAGAGAUAAAAGAGACUGUGGAAGCAGUGACACUGCCAUCUACUGGACAGACUCCUGAACAACAGCUACUCAAACAGGAGAUUCAGAAAGAUUCUCAACAGCUUAAAGUUGGAGGUGAAGUUGAAAUGAUUGCUGCUGAAAUAGCUGCCAAACAAGAUACACAGAGGCAGCGGACCAAAGAGCCAAUAGAAGCCCAGCCUGUGCUUUUCAAAACACAGCUGCAGAACCUUGAAAGAGAGGCAGGGGAGAACGCUAGCCUUCGCUGCGAGACCACAAAGCCCGGAGCAAUUGUGGUUUGGAGGUGCGAUGACAGAGUACUGACAUCCAGCAGCAAAUAUCACCUGAAACAGGAAGGAACCGUAGUCGAGCUUGUCAUCUAUAAACUGCAGGGGGCUGACUCAGGAGAAUACUCCUGCGAUACAGGCAGCCAGAAGACUUCAGCUGUCCUCACUGUGCAGGAGGUUGAGGUUAACAUAGUGAAAUUCCUGGAGAGCUGUGUUGUAUACGAGGGAGAAGACGUCCGCUUUGAAUGUCUGGUUUCUCAUGAGGAGGCACCUCUUGCCCAGUGGAAACUCCAAGAUGUCCCACUACAAAAUAAUGAAAUGAACCUUAUCAAAACCGAAGGCCCGGUGCACAGCCUCACACUCAGAGGUGUCACCAAAGCGGACUCAGGAACAGUCACUUUCACAGUGGGUAACCACACUUCCACUGCUUCUCUCACAGUCAGAGCCGCACCUGUACUGUUCAAGAAGGAGCUGGAAAGUCAAGAGGCCACUGAAGGAGACAAGGCCACCCUGUCUUGUGAGACAUCCAACCCUGACCGCAAGGUGACCUGGCUGAAGGGCUCAACUGUGCUCACACAUGGAGACAAGUACAGUAUUGAGCAGAGAGCUACCACUCAUAUCCUGGACAUACACAAGCUGAAUCUGAAGGAUAGUGGAGAAUAUACCUGUGAUACAGGAGACAAGAGAAGCACUGCUACCCUGACUGUGAAAGAGCAUGUGCGCAUCCUCCGAGAACUCUGCGAUAUCACUGUGAUCACUGGGCAAGACGCUGUCUUUGAGGUUGAGUUGUCACACUCAGGCGUGACAAACGGGGAAUGGUGGCUCGGAGACAACCACCUCCAAAAUAACGACCUGAAUCAAAUGAGCAUCAAUGGCAGAGUGCACCGUUUAGCCCUAAAGAUGGUGACAACAGAUGAAUCAGGGGAUGUCGCCUUUGUACUGGGAGAAGAGAAGAGUGUGGCCUGUCUUCUGGUGGAGGAUAAACCCAAAGUGCUAAUACUAGAGAAGCCACACAACACAGUGGCGUUAGAGGGUGAAACUGCCACUCUGGCCUGCACCAUCUCUGACCCCAAGGCCACUCUCACCUGGAUCAGAAACAAUGUGGCCAUCAAAGCAGGUCUCAAGUAUGACCUCAGGAACAACGGAGCGUUCCACCAGCUUCAUAUCCACAACCUGGUGCCUGACGACUCAGGAACAUACACAUGUGACACUGGAGAUGCACAGUGUGAUGUCACCUUGACUGUGGAAGGUGCCCCAGUGUUCUUCCACGAAGAGCUCAAGAACCAGGAUGCCAUAGAGGGUGAUGAUAUUACCCUGCGCUGUAAGCUGUCUAAGCCAGCUGUUCGUGUUGAGUGGAGGAAAGGAGGCAUGGUCCUCCAGCCCAGUAAGAAAUAUGAGAUGAGGCAGGAAGGGUGCGUUCAAAAGCUCUGUAUAUGGAACCUGGAGCCUGAAGACAGUGGCUAUUACACCUGUGACGCAGGAGACCAGCUCACUACAGCUUCUUUGGCGGUGCAAGUGAAAGAAGUCUUCAUUGUGUGUGGUCUUAAGACCACCGACGUCUUUGUUGGGGAAUGGGCAACCUUCUCCUGCCAGCUGUCUGGUAGGGCACCAGGCAAGGUGCAGUGGUGGCUGGAUGGCACCUUGCUGGAAAACAGCUCCUUUAAUGAGAUAGGGAUGAGCCAGGGCCACAUCUACACACUCAUCCUAAAGAACCUGGCCACAGAUGACUCUGGCACUGUCAUGUUCAAAACUGGCAGUUUAACAUCAACAGCCAAGCUUUUAGUCAAAGAUCCCACAGUUGAAGUGGUGAACGAGAUGCAGGACCUUCGGGUGCUCGAAAACCAACCGGCUGAGUUCAUCUGCCAGUUCUCAAGGCCAGUCAAGGCUGAGUGGAAGAAAAAUGGGCAGCCAUUGCAGCCUGAUGGCCGAAGGGUGGUAGUGGAGCAGGACUGGAGUGUGGCUCGCUUGUACAUUAGCCAUGUGUCCUCUGAGGACAGGGGCACAUACUCCUGUGAGGCAGAGGGGACCUGCGUGGUCGCUUCACUUCAUGUGGAAGCCAAACCCAUUGACAUUGUCCAGGGCCUGGAGAAUAUAGAGACCUUUGAUGGAGGCGAAGCGUUGUUUGAGUGCGCCCUGUCUCGUCCUGAGGGCAAAGAUUUCCGCUGGCUUCUUGACGGAAAACCAGUGAAGGAAUCCCCCAAUGCUGAGAUUGUGACAUUUGAGAGUGGUCGUCGUCAUCUGCUUCUCUUGAAAGAGCUACGUAUGAAAGACAGUUGCACAGUGACUUUCAAAGCUGGCACAGCAUCCACAUCUGCCCAGCUCUCUGUCAAAGGCUGGCAGCUGGACGUUGUGAAGGGUCUGGAGGACAAGGUGGCUGCAGUGGGACAGAAGGUUGAGUUUUGUGUUGAGCUCACCGAGCCUGUCCCUGCAGCAGAAGUAGCCUGGUAUGCUAAUGGAGUUGAGAUCAAGUCCAGUGACCUCUGGGGUAUGAGGGUGGACGGCUGUUCAUAUCGCCUUGUCCUGAGACAGGCACCUCUUUUGCCACAGCAGGAAAUUACAUUUGCUGCAAGAGAUGCUCUCUCUUUGGCCAAACUCACCAUCAUCACUGUACCUGAUCCUCCAGAGGACCCUGAGGUCCUCAGUAAGACUAAACAGUCUGUCAGCCUCUCUUGGUUCACUCCUCUACACGAUGGAGGGAGUCCCAUUCUGGGCUACAGGGUGGAGAUGCGUCUGGUAGACAGUGCCCUCUGGCUCCCAUGUCAUUCUGAACUUGUGUGCAACACAGAGUUUCUGGUUGAAAAUCUUACCCCAGGGAGUGCCUACAGGUUUAGAGUGGCAGCCAUCAACAGCGCUGGGACUGGAGAGCCUGUUGAGUUGCCUCAGACUGUGCAGCUUGAGGCAGCCCCACAGCCACUUAUUAGCCCAGAUAAAGUGGCGAAACAGGUAGAGAGUGAGAUACUGGGGCAGCCCAGUCUGCCUCCAGAAGCUGCCGAAGAAGGUGAUCUCCAUGACCUGUGGGAGGAAUCAGCCAAGAAGCGACGCAUGAGUCGAGAGCCCACUCUGGAUUCCAUCUCUGAACAACCUGAAGAGGACAAAAAAGGUGAUAAAAAUAAAUCGGAACAGAAGGUGCAGAAGGAGUCAGAGAAAGUGGAAAUAAAAUCAACAGAGAAGGAGCAGGGCAUUGUGGCUAAGAAGCAGACAGAGUCCAAGUUGUACACCAGCUCCGAGGAUGAGUCUGGAUCUGGGGCCCCAUCACUUGUGUCCUACCUCAAGAAGAGCAGUAAGACUACUGUCACAGCCACCACCAACGAGGCAGAGGCUAUGACCACUGAGAGGUUCUUUAAACAUUUCCAGAUGGCAGAGGAGAGAACAGUGCAGCAGACUGUAGUGCAAACAACCACAGUUCAGCAGACGGAUAAAAAACAGGAGGCAACAGAGGAGACUGAAAUCAUAGAGAUCAGUAAAGAAGAUGAGCCUGAGCUCAGAGAGGCUGCUAUUAAGAUUCAAGCUGCCUUCAAGGGCUACAAAGCCCGCAAAGACAUGCGCCCUGUCUUUAAAGAGACCUUCAAAGACCAGACCAAAGAACCUAAUGGCACCAUACAUCUAGAAUGUAUGGCGGAAGGUAAACCUGAUAAGGUGCGGUGGCUGAAGGAUGGAGAACCACUGAUGGAUGGCAAGCACCACCAUAUCGAUAUCUACAAUGACGGUACUUGCUCACUGGUCAUCACUGCCAUCACCACAAAGGAUACCGGUGUUUACACAUGCGAGGUCACCAACAAGUUUGGAGUGUCUUCUCACAGUGGUAAGGUCACAGUGGGAACGGUGAGAGAAUCAUCUGGGCGACGACCGCUGACGGUGGGCUACAGCGCCGACAGCGAAGCUGAGAGCUCCUCAGGCAGCGAGAUGGACGAGUCACUGAGGCAGGCAAGCAGACGUCUCCGGCGCCUGCUGCGCACACGUCUCCCGCCAGAUGUCGAGGAAGAACCAUUCAUCAGCGCAGAUGAAGGAGACCUGCGUGCCCCAGAUCCUCACUCGUACCGGGAGGAUGACGAUUACAUCUACAUUCGCUUUGACUCACGGACAGAGGCUGAGGUUGCCUCUAAGAGGUUCCAGGAGAUGUUUACAGUCCAUGGGGUUCCUGUGGAGACCACCAUCUUGGAUGCAGAGCAUCUCAAAGUGGAGCUGCGAAUUAAAAAGAUGGGCUACACGCAAGAUGGCACACGGACCCCCACACAAGAUAGACAGCAUUCUGCAUUGGUGGCUGGAUCCCUGGCUGCGCCAGUCUUCUUGACAGAACUACAAAGUCAGGAUGUUCCAGACGGUUAUCCAGUCAGCUUUGACUGUGUCGUGAUUGGCAAGCCCCCUCCCACCGUUCGCUGGUAUAAAGAUGGCAAACUGCUGGAGGAGAAUGACCAUUACAUGAUCAACGAAGACCAGGAGGGCUGCCACCAACUCAUCAUUACCACUGUGCUGCCCACUGACAUGGGUGUUUAUCGUUGCACGGCUGAAAACAGCAGCGGCAUCGCAGCCACUAAGGCUGAACUCAGGGUUGACGUGUCUUGCAGCUCAGAUUAUGACACUGCUGCUGAUGCCACUGAGACAUCUUCCUAUAUCAGUGCCAAGGGCUACAUGUCUAGGGAAACUGAGACGUUUGAGUCUGUAGCUGAAGAUGAUCAACUACCACAAGUUGUGGAGGAGCUUCAUGAUGUUCAUGUCAGUCCAGGUUCACCUCUUGCUAAGAUGCAGCUCAAAGUAAAGGGCUUCCCCAAACCCAGAGUAUACUGGUUCAAAGAUGGCCACCCUGUGCGAUCUUCAGAUAGGAUUGUGCUGAAAGCAGAGAGAGAUGUCCAUUGCUUGGAGAUCCUGAAGGUAAAGAGAGAGGACAUGGGGGAGUACUCCGCCUACAUCAGCAAUGCGGCUGGUUCUGCUUACUCCUCUGCCCGACUGAUGGUCCUGAGUCCAGGAGAGAUUAUGCCUCAAGAUAAAAGAGACCCCAAGGAGCCCCUGGUGCCACCCCGCUUCCUUGAAAGGUUCAGCAACAGGAAGGUGAAACAAGGAGCCAGCAUCACUCUGUCUGUCAAAGUAGAAGGGUCUCCCACUCCUAUGGUCUCCUGGCUAAAGGAGGAGUCGAAGGUGGAAGAUGUGCUGUGGAUCAAGCCUGAUACCAAGGGAUACAAAAUAGCAAGCUCGGGGCGCCAGCACAGCCUCAUCUUGAUGGAUGUGGGCACAGAAUACACUGGAGCCUACACCUGUAUUGCAACAAACAGAGCAGGACAGUCCAUCUGCACUGCUCACCUCGAGGUCGAUGAGACACCACAACCAAAGAAAGAGACCAAACCCUCAGAGGUUCUUGGAAUUACAGUUAGUCCUCCAGAAGAAGAGGCUAGUACAAAAAAAGAGGGUAAACUGCCCUACCUAGGUGAAGUGGGUACAGAAGAAUUCCUCAUGAAACUCACCUCCCAGAUCACUGAAAUGGUAUCAGCAAAGUUUACACAAGACAGCUUACAGAAUCACGAAGUGCUCCAGUGGAUGAAAUCUUGGCCCAAAGCUACCACUUCAUUACGUGUACCAGGUGUUGACAGUGACGACGAGACCAAGACCCCUUCUGCAUCACCUCAUCACGGUCGCUCUCGUCCUCCCUCCCUUAUUGCUGACUCCUCCUCUGAGUCUGAUGAGGGGGAUGCCAGAGGAGAGAUGUUUGACAUCUAUGUUGCAACGGCUGACUACAACCCCACCAUAGCGAGCAAAGAAUCCAUCUCUCUUAAAGAGGGACAGUACGUUGAGGUUUUGGAUUCAGCUCAUCCACUCAAAUGGUUAGUCCGGACCAAACCCACCAAAACUACACCAUCCCGCCAAGGCUGGGUCUCACCUGCCUACCUGGACAAGAAACUCAAACUCUCUGCUGAUACGGGUGACCUCCCAGAGACAAGUGUAGAGGAGGUGUCUGAGGGUGAAUACAAGAGGAAAUUAUUCCAACUGAUCCAGGACCUGAUUAAUGGUGAAUCAGAGUUUGUAAAAGAGGUAGAGUUCUUUACCUCCCAUCACAUGAAGCAUGCCGACAGCCCCGAUGUACCGCCUGAUGUCAGCAGCCAGAAGGACGCCAUAUUCAGGAACAUCGAUGACAUCAAGUCCUUCCAUAGCAAGGCAUUCCUCCCGAAGUUGAGCGACUGUGACACAGACGAUGACGUAGCCAUGUGCUUCCUGAAGAACAAGGAGGGCUUUGAGAAGUACCUCCAGUAUCUUGUUGGUCAGGGUCAGGCUGAAUCUGCUGUCAGCGACAAGACUGUCCACCGCUUCUUCAAGGAGUACACAGAGAAAGUGCAAGCCAGUGCAGAUCCUGCAGAUCCCCCUGUACGCAGCAUCAACGCCAGCCUCCAACAACCACUGGAUAGGAUUCAGAAGUACAAGGCCAUCCUCAAGGAGCUCAUUCGAAACAAGGCAAGAAACGGCCAGAACUGCUGCCUACUGGAAGAAGCGUAUGCCAUGGUGUCUGCGCUCCCUCAGCGCUCUGAGAAUACACACCAUGUCUCCAUGAUCGAGAACUAUCCUGCUACGCUGGAAGUAUUAGGAGAGCCAAUUAGACAGGGACCCUUCCAAGUGUGGGAAGGGGCUCCAGGAAUUAGGUCGUCCACUAGAGGUCACCACCGCCACGUCUUCCUGUUUAAGAACUACUGCAUAAUCUGCAAACCCAAGAGAGACAGCAACACUGACACACAAACAUAUGUCUUUAAGAACAUGAUGAAGCUGAAUAACAUUGAUGUGAAUGAGACAGUGGAGGGUGACGACCGUGCCUUUGAGAUCUGGCAUGAACGUGAGGACUCUGUGAGGAAAUACACCUUGCAGGCCCGAACUGUUACCAUCAAGAACUCGUGGCUGAGAGACUUCAGAGAACUGCAGCAGCGAUACAGCAUGCCUGCAUGGAGUCCUCCUGACUUUGAUGAAAUUCUCGCAAACUGCACAGCAGAAUUGGGACAGACUGUUAAGCUGGCCUGCAAAGCCACUGGAGUACCCAAACCAACAGUCACUUGGUACAAGGACGGACGUGCUGUGGAGGCAGAUCCUCAUCACAUCAUUAUCGAGGACCCUGAUGGUUCCUGCACGCUGAUCUUGGAUAACAUGACAGCAGAUGAUUCUGGCCAGUACAUGUGCUUUGCCACAAGCUCAGCUGGGAAUGCCAGCACUCUUGGCAAGAUCACUGUUCAGGUGCCUCCUCGUUUUGUGAAUAAAAUGAGGAAUGCUGUAUUUGUUGCUGGUGAAGACACUCAGUUCACUUGCGUCAUACAGAGCGCUCCCACCCCCAAGAUCAGGUGGUUUAAAGAUGGCCGGCUGCUGACUGAUCAGGAAAAGUAUCAGACCUACAGUGAGCUCCGUAGUGGGGUUGUGGUGUUGGUAAUCAAAAACCUGACAGAGAGAGACCUGGGACACUAUGAGUGUGAGCUGUCCAACCGUCUGGGCACUGCCAAGUGUGCUGCUGAUUUAGUUCCAGCCUCUGCUUUGGCUCGCACUGGUGAGCAGGCCAUCACAAUUGAAGUGACUGAGCAGGAGACUAGAAUACCAAAGAAAACCAUCAUCAUUGAGGAAACUAUAACCACUGUGGUGAAGAAUCCACGCAUGAGGAGGCACAGGUCCCCCGGCUUAACACUUACAGGAGCCCACCGCUCAGAGACCUCCACCCCAGAGCCGCCCACAGCCAGGCCGAGGAGGAUGCCCACUCCAAGAAAGACCAUCCCGACCCUCUAUGUUACUGAACCCGCGGGCGCUGAAGCCAGGACCACAGAGAGCAAACCCAGGUGGAUUGAGGUAGAGGAGGUCAUCGAGUAUAAGGUCAAUAAAUCCCCCAGGCUGCCCAGGAGAAGAGGCUUCUCACCGGCAGGGUCUGAUCGUGCAGGAACUCCCUCCAGAGCCAAAAGGUCUCCACCGGAAAACCCAAACGCUAACAAUUCCAACAACAAGCUGGUAGAGCAGGCCCAGCUGCAGGGAGACGUCAGCAGCCAGCCGCUCCCCUGGGAGGAAGAGGAGGGUAAUGUCGCCUCCGGUUCUGUCUCUGGAAUCACCGCAGAGCCACAUGAGCUCUCAUCUGUCCUUACUCCAGCUGGAGAGGACAGCGACGACCUGGAUGAUCAACAAACUGUCAUCUUUGAGCCCGAUGAUGACGACGAUGAUCACAACUCAAUCAGAAAGCAGGAGCCUCAGAUUCUGACGCAAGGAGGCCGCGUCCUAACCCUCGAAGACUUGGAGGACUACGUCCCAGAAGAAGGAGAAACCUACGGCUCCUCCAACGCUCACAGCGCUGUUGCAGAAAAGCCCUGUGAGAUCUCCGUGCUGCAGAGGGAGAUCGGUGGGUCCACAGUGGGACAGCCGGUACUUCUCAACGUGGGGCAUCCUGAGGUGGUCCCCAGGCAGAGGAGCAGUUUCUUCAGUCGCUUCAGGGACCAUCUCUCCAGCAGCCUUUUCUCAUCUGCUGUCCCCCACGCAAGUGGAGCCCGAUCCAGGACAGAAAGGCACGUUCCAAUCCAAGUGAGCCACGCGAAGCUGGAAGUGAAGCCGUCGUACUGUUCAGAGGUGCAGAGAGUCAAGGGUGGGCCGCAGAGCUUUAAAACCAAAGUGUCAACUCAAACCUAUGGCUACACAUCAGUAGGCAACCCGGUCACUCUUCAGAUCAGUGAUAACGUUUAUCAGAGCCAGCAGUAAGAAACGAUUUUAAUUUGGUACCACAAAUCCUCUUAGUCUUAAAUGGGGACAUUUUUACUUACAUGACGAAUGAGACAUAUCCUAACCUGAAGUAUAUUUACUGCAUUUGACAAACCAUUCCAUUUUGAAGCUGCCCAUUAGAGAACAGGCUCAUCCUCUUGAGCCUUUUUCUUGACAAAUGGUCUCUUUGGACUAGGCGAGUUGGAAAAGAUGGAAGUAGAUUUAACUUUGUCACUAUAAAUCAGACCCAAACUGCUGUGUUACGAGUGCUUUAUGACACACUCAGUGUGUCGUACAAUGUACACAGUGGGCAGAAAUGAAUAAAUUAAGGUUUUCGCACGAAAUCAUGAACCUUGACCCACCAAUAUUAACUGAUUUAACCAUUAGUGGAGACGUGCUAAAUACAUUUGACGGUAUAUUUAGCUUGAUAUAUUUUACUUUUGUACCUUUCAAGAGAUGUUGCCUUUUGCACUUGUGCAGUGCCUUACGAUUCCUGGAGCAGCAAAUGUUGGGAGUUAAUGACUGUUAAUGAAGUCAUGUCUACAUGUUUCUACUUCAGUAUUUCUAUAACUUCUUCAUUUGAAUAUGCAACACUGAUUAUGUAAAAUGAACAAGACAUUGCUGACUGUUGUGGUAAAUCGAAGAUGUGCAGCCAAGUAAGAGUCAGUUUGGCAAAGUCAGACCUGUUUGACAUCAGGUCUCUGCAUUUGACUGCAUUUAUGUCAUUUAUUAUUGUGAAACAGACAAAUCUACUACUGUUACAGACAGCUCAGACUGUUAAUGCAGUGCAAUUACCUGUCAAGUCACAGGAUAUCGCAGGGAUAUGCAUAUGCAAGUGAUAGAUAUUUAGAAGAGUGACUGCAUGUAUUUGCUUUUCCAAAGCAGAUGUGUUCUUCCAGAGUAACCAGAGCUGUAAUGUUGUAUUUGACUGCGAGUAAACUUUAAUGCAAAGUACCUGAGCUCAGAGAGUUUACUACCUGUUUGAAAUGUGAGAUUACAGAAAUCCAGAAUAAGUUUGGUGGUGUUUGUGUUGUUUUUCAGGAUCUUUUAGUCGGUUGAAAAAGAUCAUGUUAUGUAUUAAUUUUAAAGCACUAACCAAUUGUAAUUGCUUGUACUGUACAUGUGUAGUUUUUGGAAACAUGUUUGAGUACUCUGUGUUCAACCAGAAUUAAAUAAAUGUACUGCAAAUAAUAGAUAUGGUCAGAUUCUUUCACAGCACACAUACAAAUAAUGAAAUUAAUAAUUCUUUUUUACAGUAUUGUAACAUUUAUUUAAGUUAAGAGAUAACAUAGUUGUACUGCUGGAUGUUUAAUGGAAUACAUAAAGAUAUUUUCCACAACAAGCACAUCUUAAUAAGAGGUGGUUAAAUGUUAAAACAGAAGACUGCAUGCGUCUCAAUGAGUGCGAUGUAACCUUUAAUUACUGUAUACACACUUCAAAAUGUAAAACUUUUAACAGUGGUGGGGAGAAAAACAAAUUACAGAUGGGUCAUAAAUAUCAGUCUCAGUUUUCAAGUAAAAGGAGAUUUGUGUGCUUGGUUCUAAGCAAUAUAACGUGCCAUUUAAUUUUCCUUUAAAGUUGAAAUCCUCUCCUUUAGUUGAGAAUCAAAACAGUCCACUCAAUGACACUUUACUAUACAGGUGAAGCUGCAACUUGAGACAGUAUAAAAGUUUUACAAAAUUACAACUGUAAAAUAAAUUGUUCUGUUAUAACCCCCCAAAAAAUAAAAAAAGCUAUAUUCUUAUUUAUUUUUCUAAGCAACAUUUCCUACCUCUACCACAGGAUUUAAUCCUGCUGAAACACAACAAUAUUUAUAGUUAACCAGAAAAACAAACUUUAAUGGAGAUAGCACAUUCUGUUCUCUAACGUAACUCACCGCCGCUAACCAAUAUAUCAAUAAAAGCUGGUUACACCCUCGAAAUACCAGUUUGAUCCACACGAUGGAACAAGUUAUGUUACUCCAUGUUCGUAUUAGGUGCCGAGGACAAAGCGGUUUGUGUUCAGUAAACUGCCUCCGACAGGACGUCCUGUACACAGGUUACAUAUCAAGUAAGCAUUAAUGGAGUAUCCUAAAAAUAGAAAUAUGGAAAGCGCUUCCUGUCAGUAAAAAAAAAAAAAAAUGUUCCACUUUACAGCACGUUGCCAUUUGGUGAUAACUACUUCUAAACACCUUGUAAAACCUACAUAUUCAUGUGACUGCUGAGGGAUGUCUGAGGUUCACAGACCACCAUCUGAGGGAAUGUUCACGGCUGGAAUGGAGGUCUGCGGUUUUGGUGAGGAGUGGCUGGAUGUGUCUUAAAAAAAAAAAAAAAAAAAAAAA